AUGCAAUGGCCGUCCAGAGAUGCAGCCAAUGCCAUCCCGGCCCACCGCUGUCUCACUUCGACCCCUGCUCUUCGACAUGGGCUGUCUCCCACACCUUCAUGCACUCACACAAAUUAUGAUUUUUUGUCUGGCCUUACCUCUCGCAACAGCCGGCUACUCAGUUCAACUGAGAAUGGACAGAGCGGUAAACGCCUCGACGAAUUUGGCACCGGCUCGCGAAUCUCGCACCAAACAGGUGUUCGAGUUGCUAAACGUUGCCACAGGAUGGAAUCUGUCCAUCGCCUUGUGGUCCCCGUGGCCAAUCUGCCCUCAUCUGUUGCAAACUCAGACCUUGAGAGGCCAACCUCGUCGACUUAUUUGAGAUACUCCGGGCUCUGGCCGAUCAGAGCCUUCAACUUGCGGGCCAUUGCAGCAGUUUUGCUCAGUCUGCAGACGGUUGGCAGCGGGGCACAUGGUGGGUUUCUGGCCGGGAGGACUACGACUAGGGUCUCCGUUCGACCACAUCUGGCUGUGUUUGGUCUGGUACAGGCCUUGUAUGCACGAAGAUGCGUACCGCCCAUGUCUGGUAUAGUACAUGCUCUACUUGGUCUACCACCUGUUGGGAUGUCGAGCUGCGGCAUUGGAUGGGAUGGUGGUGUAUCCGUACGGGAACUCUUGACUCUCGAGCACACUCUUCCUCCUGGCUGGCACCUGCCACACCUUAUCAGGCUGCGGACCAGGGAGGGAAGAAAGUGGAGGUUCAACCUAGUCCUACUCUCUCCCCUUGCACAGCUUCACAAGUAUCCGUACGGAUACCCUGACCACAUUCCACCACGCGUGUAUGCUCAUCCGUUUUUCUUUGCCUUUUCAUAUGGCACUCAGACGGACACGUCCUCUCCAUAUUACUGCGGCUCACCAGUCCCUGGUUCUUUCAACUUGCAGGUACCUCCUGGUCUGACUUCCUACUUUUCUGCUCUUGUCUGCGCGGCCUCUCUGCUCAAACCCCCCCUCGCUUGCGGGACACUGCUUCUCGCCCGCACUCCUCAGCUGGCUGUCACAUACCACGGCAACAAUCGAGAUACACUAAAAAGCCCUAACUCAGAUCAUUACGAGAGGUACGGGACCCGUCGACAAGCUCGACUCGCCUCCGCCUUGCAGGUCCAUCCUUCCUCCAAGAUCCACCUCAGCCCGCGAGCCUCGAACUCAUCUAGGGCCUUCACCCUCCACUGCUCCAACAGCCGUAUCCAUUUUCCUCGUGUCGGCCUUGGAAGCAUCGCAAACGCGUUCUUGUUGGCUGCUUUACUCUCUCCCCCCUUCCUACUUCCCAGCAUCACCUUUUUCUUGGUCUACAGUCCAUUCUACACAUCACCCUUCCCUCCCCGAGACAUUGUCCGUCUUGAAAACAAAGAGGACUUUGAGGUCCGCCCUGGCGCCCAGUCUCGCGAACUGAUAGAUUUGUUUGAACCACCCGGUCCCGCUCUCUCCGCCGACCUUUUCCCCCCCAAAACCCCAUCCACGCUCGGAAGCUAUUUGUCUAGCCAACACUUACGAUCCGACGCAGCAUCCCGCUCCUAUUCUGUUGGUCUGCUCUGGAUCCCAAUCUGGCUGGUAUUCUUCGGCCGGACUUUGGAAUAUCUACUGAGCCACCCGCUAAACAAACGUCGGGGCGAGUCUGGCUCUUUACUCCGUCUACCCUCGCGCAGUCAUUUCGACAUAUCACAGCCAACCUCCAACAACAUCCCGUGGCCAUCAGGCUUGAAUAUCCCCCAAAACAGUACAAUCUUGCCUUGUGCUAGGCUUGAUCACGCCGGGAUCACAUUGAGAAGUCCCACCCUCUACCACAUAUUGUAG